GGAAGCGCCAGCGAGGAGCCGCAGCCGCCAAGACCAGGCCGCCGGGCCUGAGGGGAGAGGGAGACACACACACACACCCCGCACACACACACACAUAUACACACAAACCCUUUAUAUAUUUAUAUAUACACACACACACACACACAUAUAUAUAUAUAUAGACAGAAAAUUUUUAUUUUUUAUUUUCCAACGGGCGCCGUUUCCAAGCCAUGGAGGCCAAUUGGACCGCGUUCCUCUUUCAGGCUCAUGAAGCAUCACAUCACCAACAGCAAGCCGCGCAGAACAGUUUGCUGCCUCUCCUGAGCUCUGCUGUCGAGCCCCCUGACCAGAAGCCAAUUUUACCCUUGCCGAUAACACAGAAACCUCAGCCCCCACCAGAAACGCUAAAAGAUGCCAUUGUUGGGAUUAAAAAGGAGAAACCGAAAACCUCCUUUGUGUGUACAUACUGCAGCAAGGCCUUCAGGGACAGCUACCAUUUGAGGCGCCAUGAAUCCUGCCACACAGGGAUAAAGUUAGUGUCACGGCCAAAGAAAGCUCCUGCCACGAUGGUACCCCUAAUCUCGACCAUUGCGGGCGACAACAGCCGGACAUCGCUGGUUUCAACCAUUGCCGGCAUCCUGUCGACAGUCACUACGUCUUCCUCCGCCACCAACCCAAGCAGCAGCAGUGGUGCCACAGCCAUGCCGGUGACGCAGACGGUGAAGAAGCCCAGCAAGCCCGUCAAAAAGAACCACGCUUGUGAGAUGUGUGGCAAGGCCUUCCGUGACGUCUACCACCUCAACAGGCACAAGCUGUCCCACUCGGAUGAGAAGCCCUUUGAGUGCCCAAUUUGCAAUCAGCGUUUCAAGCGGAAGGACCGCAUGACCUAUCACGUGAGGUCUCAUGAGGGUGGCAUCACUAAACCCUACACCUGUGGUGUUUGUGGAAAAGGCUUUUCGAGGUACCAUGUAGAAAAUCCCAGGCCUGAUCACUUAAGCUGUCACGUUAAACAUGUUCACUCCACAGAGAGGCCCUUCAAAUGCCAAACCUGCACGGCCGCCUUUGCCACCAAAGACAGGCUGAGGACACACAUGGUGCGCCACGAAGGAAAGGUGUCAUGUAAUAUCUGUGGUAAACUUCUGAGUGCGGCAUAUAUUACCAGCCACUUAAAGACUCAUGGACAGAGCCAAAGUAUCAACUGUAAUACCUGUAAACAAGGCAUCAAUAAAAAAUUUGGCUUUUUCAAGCAAGAAAAUCUACACCUCCCUUCUUCUUGCAUGAACGAAGAGAGUAACAACCAGAAGCAGCAGCAACAGCAGCAGCAGCAGCAACAGCAGCAGCAGCAGCAGCAUAUCACAAACUGGCCUGGAAAACAGGUAGAGACCCUGAGAUUGUGGGAAGAAGCUGUCAAAGCGAGGAAGAAAGAAAGUCAGCAGACUCUGAGGCCAACUUCAGUCAAGCAAGAAUGUCAGUACAACUUUGAGAAGGCUAUAGAGUACGUACCAUUCGAAGCUGCUAACCUGUGCCAAACGUCCACUGCUGCCUCUACGCCUGUGACUCUUUCUACUCCCUUCAAUAUAACCUCUUCGGUGGCAUCUGGGACUAUCACCAAUCCAGUCACAGUGGCUGCUGCGAUGAACAUGAGAAGCCCAGUCAAUGUAUCAAGCGCAGUUAACAUCUCCAGCCCUAUGAGUCUAGGCCACCCGGUCACUAUAACUAGCCCGUUGUCCAUGACCUCUCCGUUAACCCUCACAACACCUGUCAAUUUACCGACUUCGGUCACUGCUCCAGUGAACAUAGCACAUCCGGUCACCAUCACCUCACCCAUGAACCUCCCAACACCAAUGACGUUAGCCGGUCCAUUAAAUAUAGCAAUGAGACCUGUGGAAAGCAUGCCGUUCCUUCCCCAGGCUUUGCCCACCUCUCCCCCCUGGUAAAAACAAAGCGAAGCAAAACAAAAACCUCACAUCAGUAUUAAAAAAAAAAAAAAGGAAUGAAAAGCAAUCCUUACCAGCAGGUUACCUUUUUGUUUUGGUUUUGUUUUGUUAAUGAUGGUGAUGAAACCAGACUAAUUCAACUGGGGCAAAAAUCAUGCACCAGUUUGUUUUUAAGAAACAAAAAAACUUACCUUAGUGUCCCUGUUUAGUUGGCUGGCUGGCUGUCUUAUCACUGGGUCACUUUGUUCCUUUUAAGCUGGCAGUGAUAUUGAAAAGAGGAGUAGACGGGAGUCGAACCCAGUCUCUCUCUCUCUCUUAUUAAAAUGAGCAUUAUCGAUAACCCUGGAAAUUGCGAACACAGAAGCGGUUUUAUUCUAAACACUAGAAGGCUCAAAAUGAGGCCCUCCAUAAUCACAGGGUGGAGAUGGAUCACUUCAAUUUGCCAGCUCUUUAUCCAUCUGAUUCAAAAAGUAGAGUUGUAGUGUUUGUUUUAAGUAAAUGCAUUUCAUGGUCCUAUUUUUUUUUUAAAAAAAUGCAUUUUGAGUGAUUAUGCAUUUUACCUUUUGGGAAUAUGAUGAUUUCAGGCCGAAUUCCCUAUGGGAAAAAGUGAUACCAGCUCUGAUAUGCAAAGCAUAUGGUAACUUUAUCAUUCUAACUUCUAAAUAACAAUAGGGAUUGUGACCUGAUAUUUGGAGAUGUAAAUACUACGCAACAUAUUACCCUAAGGGAAUAUAACAUCAUAGUCAACAUAUUAAAAAGAACUCUUUAAACGUUCGGCAAGGAACAGCUGUGGCUGGUGGAAGAGGAUUUGAAACAUGGUUUCUGGUCAAAACCCCGUUGGGACUCUUUCCUGAAGAGCAAACGGCCGGCUUUGGAACAUGGAAACGUUGCUUUAAGCUGGAAGACUGUGGAGGUGCUGGGGUCGGACGUGGCUCUGCCCCCAUUCUCUCAAUCAGGACCUGCUGAUGUUGCAACACGAGCAGGCAGUGUUCACUAGAAGUUUUUUUUUUUUGUCUUAUAUUAUAAAAUGGUAUACAGUUUUUAUUCUAACCACUAACUAGUUAGGAUGCCCCUUCAGGACAAAGCCAAGAGAGUGCAUCCUAUGUUUUGUGUUUCCUUUUUUAAAAACUUUUUCUUCCCUCCUCCUUAAUCAAGUGUUGUGGCGAUCUCUUCAACUUUGUAAAUAUUUGCAGGAACACCCUUUCCCGCCCAUCAUUUGUACUUUUAGUUAAUUGUGUUAACUCAUAGUUAUCAAUUUGUGGGGGAAUCCCAGGAACUGUCUGACCCAUCCAGCAACGGAGAAGUCCCUAACCCCCCUCUCCCUUGAAUGGUCUCAUUUUAAAAACACACACACACACACACAUACCACAACUACAUUCUUUAUUUCUUUUAUCUGUACAUAAAGUAGGAUGGAAAAUCUAGGGAAGCAAUUACUUUUUUUAGGAAAUCAUGUCACAGUCACUUUUUAAUCUUUGUUUUUAAAGACAUACCCUAUAACCAAGGUGGUAUAAGAAAUAAUUGGAAGUAAAAAGCAGGGUGGCUUUUGAUUAGGACAAGGAUGACAACACAGUAGCAGUCAAUAUUUUGAUUUUUAAUGGAUGCCGGCAAACCUGAGGGUCAAAAUCCACUGUUUUGUGUUUAUAGCCAUCGUGUCAGUAUAAAAGCAGCCUAUUUCGUACUUUUGAGGCAAACGUCCUGGGUCAGGGGACUAAUGUCCGGAUUAUGUGAAAAACGGUUCUAGGGGCUUGGACUACAUAGUUAAAAAUAAAAAAAAAUGGGAAAAAUAAUAGAACUUAGUGUAAAAUAAUUUUAUAAAUGAUCUUUUGUACCUUAGGACAUCAAAUUGUACAACUUUUGUAUAUAUAAAAGCUUAGGAACUUCCUGUGUAGCAAAAAGAACACAUUCCUACACUUUUAAUGUAUAUGUUUGUUAUAAUGUCAUGUAAACAUAUGCCCCAUGUUUGUGCCUUUUAAUUAGUUUGUCUCAAUAAACAGAAAUGUAGAGA